CUUCUACAUACUGUAUCCUAACCAUAUAAAAUUCUCUGAUCGAAAUUAAUGGAUAUAGUAAUAUUUUGAAAUCCGGUAAAAAAAAAUUGGAACAAAUCUAAAUUCAAGUUUGAAAACAUGCCAAAAAAAAAGAAAAAGGGAGUUGAAAAGGAGAAGAAAACGAAGAAGAAAUUUUUUGUCAACGAGAGAGAAACUUUGUCCUUCGAACAACAAAUUCUAGAUAACAAUAGGCAAUUGGCAAGAUUGAGAUCUCGAAAUGCGGACCUUGAAACUGAAAUGGAAAAUUUGAAGCAAAAAUAUUAUCAAUUAGAAGAAGACCGAGCAGAUGUUGUGGCUCAUUUAAAAAGAGUUUUGAAUGAAAAAACUUCAGAAGCUAAAGAAUUACAUGAGCAAUUAUUGGCUUUAGACGAAAUUCGGAAAGAGGAACAAUUAGCUUUCAAGAAAAAGGAGGAAUCUAUGGAACAAGAGUUUCGCGUUAUGGAGAGUAAUCUCAGUGCUCAGGUUAAACUCGCAGAGGGAAAACUGAAUUCUCUUGAAGAAUGGCGACUUGCGAGAUUAGAUUUGAUGAAAAAGUUUGAAGAGCAGGAGAAACAAAUGGCGGAGCAAGAAAAAAGACACAAGGAAACUUUGUAUAAUGCUGAAAAAGAAUUAAUUCUCGGAAAAGCCAAAAUGCAAAAAGAAGUGGAGGAGCGUCUAAUCGAAUUAGCUCAAAGUUUUCGAGAUGCGACGACAAUUAGAAUAGCAGAUGCAACUCAUCGAGCAAUUCAGGAAAAUAUAUCUUUGAAUCGAGAAUUGGAUGCAAUGUUUCGAACAUGUCGAGAAUUAGAUUCAAAGUCAAAAGAAUACAAAGAGCGAGAUCGAAUUUUAAGACUUCAAGGCUCACUUUAUAAAACUGAGGCCAAAAUGGCCCUCAGAAAAGUACUCAAGCAGAACCAAAUUAUAAAUAAACUUUCAGAAGACCAUGUGACCAUGAAUCAAGCUUAUGGAAAACUUCAAAGGGCUGAGGAACUAGCUCGAAGGAACGAAUCUUUAAUGGAAAAGUGUAGACAAAAUUCGGAGGAAAUGCUGAGAAAAAUUCGAAUUUUGGAACAGCAUAUUCAGAAGACAAAGGAAAAUGAGAAAGAAAUUAUGGAAGAGGUUUGCGGAAAUCACAAGGAGAUUGAAAAUCUUGAGGAGAUUUUAAAGAGAGCAAGAAAUUGCAUCGAAGAAGCCUUAGAAUUGCAAGCAGAAGUUCCAGACGAAGACGUUUGUACUUCCUGUUAUUCUGAAGUGAAGGAAAAACUUUUACACUCACUUUUGGAUAUUUUGGGACAUUAUCGAGCCUCUAAAGUGUCAAGUAGUCAAAGUUCUCUACAGUAUCCUCGAAUAGCAUCGGUACCAAGUCGCUAUAAGCCAGGAAGUUUAGGAUUAAUCCCUAUAUCAGAGAGCCAGAAAAAUGUAAGAGAUGAUUCAAAUGAAGAUAAAAAAAAGACGAUAGAAAAAGAAGAACCUGAAGAAAAAGUUCCAGAUUGCCUCAUUUCUGAUACCAGAUCAUCUGUUUCUUCACCAGUUGAGACUGAAUUGGAUUUCAAUCAAUCCGUCUGAAAAUUUAACAUUAUCGAAAUAUUUUUUAAAUAAUAUAAUACAGGGUCUACUCAAAUCCUGGUCGAAAAUUUCGUGACAAUUCCAGAUUUUUUCCAGAUCGCAUUUUUUAACACAAUCUACUCAGAAUAUGUAUACAGUUUCGCAAGUUUAUUAUAAAUAAUGUUUUUUUUUUU